AUGGUUGUUCUGGCUGCAUUCUGUCUGCUUACUGUUGCCGGAAAUUGCCUUGUUGUUAUUGCGGUUUGCACGAAAAAAUAUCUACGCAACCCGACUGGGUAUUUGAUUAUUUCGCUCGCCAUUGCUGAUUUAAUCGUCGGAUUAGUGGUAAUGCCGUUGAAUUCGCUGUUUGAAAUGGCGAAUCACGAAUGGAUUUUGGGCUUAACGAUGUGUGAUUUAUUUCACGCGUUGGACAUACUUGCAUCAACAAGUUCCAUUUGGAAUUUAUGCGUUAUAAGUCUGGAUCGAUAUAUGGCGGGACAAGAUCCUAUUGGCUAUCGUGACAAAGUCUCGAAGCGACGCAUUUUGAUUGCGAUUUGUUGCGUAUGGAUGGUUUCUGCCUGCUUGUCUUUUCCUGCCAUUAUUUGGUGGCGAACGACUUCACCUCACUUAUACGAAAUCAAGGAGAAGUGCCUCUUCACAGACAGCGCUAUGUACGUCAGCUUUUCGUCGUUGGUUUCAUUCUAUAUUCCUCUGUGUCUAAUCCUCUUCGCCUAUGGUAAAGUGUUUAUUAUCGCCACACGACAUUCUCGUGGUAUGCGAACGGGAAUCAAAAAGGUAGUGAGAUACAAAAAUGGUCGUAAAAAGCAUACAAGUGCCGAAAGCAUUCCGUCCGACGAGAAUGAGCCGACAUUACGAAUUCACAUUGGUCGAGGGCGAAAAAUGAGCCGGAGCUUUCAACAAGCAGAUUGUAGUGACGCGACACGGUUUUUGCUCAAAAAGGUAAUGUCAUCCAAAAGCUUGAACGAGCGCGAUGAUCGACCACACGUUAGUGGGCGUGUAGCACUGCUUCGGCACAAGUCCAGCAGCGGCAAGAAGAAAACGAAUUACGUGUUUCGGGUUCGAGCGGCCGAAGUUCCUACAAUCCGCCCAAGUGCAUUGAGUGCUACUAGAACGUGCUUACAGAUCCAGCGAGAGGAGCCGAGUGAUGUGUCGACAUCCAGUUCACCACUGGUAACCAGACGAAGGCUGAACGUUAGAGAGAAAUCACGGCGGAUGGUGAAAUACGUUCAUGAACAACGAGCUGCACGGACACUCUCUAUCGUUGUCGGAGCUUUCAUUCUUUGUUGGACGCCGUUCUUCGUCUUUUCACCACUAGCAGUCUUUUGCAACACCUGCUUUGUGGACAAGGAGACGAUCUUCACGAUAGUGACUUGGGCUGGUCAUCUGAAUUCGAUGCUGAAUCCAUUCAUUUAUUCACGAUUCUCACGUGAUUUUCGACGCGCUUUCAAGCAGAUUCUUACGUGUCAACGUGAACAGAAAGCGAAGACGGCGUUUAAAACGCCUUUGUCACUUGUGUUCACCCAACUUAUCUCAGUAACUCAAAUGUGGGAUCAAACACAAAGCACCUCCAUCGAUUGA